UUCCUCCUCCCGCUGCCUCGGGCACAGGGGAGCAGGGUGGCGGCAGGAUGCCCAGCAUCUUCGCCUACCAGAGCUCCGAGGUGGACUGGUGUGAGGGCAACUUCCAGCACUCGGCGCUGGUGGCUGAGUUCUACAACACGCAGGUGGCUGAUUGGUUAACGACCCAGGAUCUGGCCAAGCACAGCCCUCCUCUGCCCCCCGGUGACCUGACGACCCCCCUCCUGCCCUCCAGUUCAGCAAUGUCACCUUCUUCAUCUUCGGGCCCCUCAUGAUGUUCCUGAUGCACCCCUACGCCCAGAAGCGCACACGCUUCACCUACGUCACCUGCAUGCUCUUCAUGGUCAUAGGCAUGUUUUCCAUGUACUUCCACAUGACGCUCAGCUUCUUGGGGCAACUGCUGGACGAGAUCUCCAUCCUUUGGUUUCUGGCCAGUGGUUACAGCAUCUGGUUGCCUCGCUGCUACUUCCCUGCCUUUGUAAACAGAAGCAGAAAUCACUUCGUCUACCUGGUCUUCAUCACCACUGUGGUCAGCACCUUCUUGACCUUCCUGAGGCCCACCGUCAAUGCCUACGCCCUCAACAGCAUUGCCCUCCACAUCCUCUACCUCGUGUUCUGGGAGUAUAAGAAACACAUCUCCCUGGAUGGAGGAGUUUCCUGUCAGCCCUACCGUGGGCCUCUGACCUGCCUCCUCCUCCCCCAGGACCAACAACAAGGACAUCCGACACCUGAUGGAGGUCUCGGUGGUCUUGUGGUUGCUCGCGGUGACCAGCUGGGUCAGCGACCGUGUCCUCUGCAGUUUCUGGCAGCGAAUCCACUUCCCCUACCUACACAGCAUCUGGCAUGUCCUCAUCAGCCUCACCUUCCCCUACGCCAUGGUCACCAUGGCCAUGGUGGACGCAAGGUACGAGAUGCCCGAGGAGAUGGUCAGGCUGCGCUACUGGCCCCGGGACAGCUGGCCCGUGGGGCUGCCCUACGUGGAGCUAGGCGAGGACGCCAAGGACUGCUGAGGUCGACCAGCACCCCUGUGCCAGCUAGCGAGAGCCCCCCCCCCCCCCCCCCCGCCUCCAGCUCCCUCCCUGCUUCCUGUCCUGCAUGGCCCAGGCUCCAAGGCAGGGGAUGGACGCAGGUGCCUCUCUGUGCUCUGCUUCCAAUGACCCUGCAGUGGCUGCCUCCAUCCCCUGCCCUUGACCUCCCUCCACGACGACGUCUCUGUAGUCACAUGUGUUGGGGUUGGGCUGUGGUCAUGUGACAUCUACUGGGUCAGCCCUCUAGCUGGGGCUCAGUCCCCCAACACCUUAGAAAGACUCCUGACUGGUAACUGCUUCUUAGGCCCUGGACUUGGCCUUGACAUGAUGCUACCUGGUGCUAGAGAAGUGUCCCCUCCCCCCCAACCACCACCAUUACCACCCAGGCUGGGGAAAUAGCAUCAAGGUUCUGCAAAAGACUUUCCAGCAUGAAGUUCCAAGGUCCGAGGUUCAGUCCCCAGCAUGACCAUCAGCCAGAGCUGAGCAGGGCUUUGGUGACAAAAGGAAAGAAAGAAAGAAAGAAAGAAAGAAAGAAAGAAAGAGAGGAAGAAAGAAAGGAAGGGGCCAAGUGGUGGCACACCUGGUUGAGUGCACAUGUUAUAGUGCACAAGGACCCAGGUUCAAGCCUCUGGUCCUCACCUGCAGGGGGAAAGCUUCAAGAGUGGUGAAGCAGGGCUGCAGGUCCCUCUCCCUCUCUCUCUCUCUCUCUCUCUCUCUCUCUCUCUCUCUCUUUCUCCCUCUCCCUCUCCCUCUCCCUCUCUCUCUCUUUCUCUCUCUCUCUCUCCCCCUUACUCUCAAUUUCUGGCUGUUGGAGGAGGGGGGUGGUUAGAUAGCAUGAUGGCUCUGAAAAGAGACUUUCAUGCCUGAGGCUCCCAAGUCCCAGAUUCAAUCUCCUGAACCACCAAAAGCCAGGGCUGAGAAGUGUUAUGGUUAAAAAAAAAUCUGCUUGUCUCUAUUCAAUAAAUAAAUAAAAAUAAUAAAAUAUA